CGGAGCGGGCUCGGACAUGGCGAGGCAGCGCGCCGGCCCGCGCGGCGGGGCCCGGUGACCCUCCCGCGCCCGCCCGCCUCCCGCACGCGCGCCCCGCCCGCCCCCGCCCCGGUCGCGCCCGCCCGCAACCCGGGGCGCACACCCGCACGCGCGCUCCCCCUGCGCACACACACACAUACACACACACACGCUCUCCCGCGCCCUCCGUCGCCGCCCGCAGCCGAGCUCCGCCACGCGCGCCUCGCCAGCCCGCCGGCCGCCCCCGCCGCUGCCGCCGCCGCCGCCGCCCCCGGGCCCCGAUGGACUGAAUGAAGGCUGCCUACACCGCCUAUCGAUGCCUCACCAAAGACCUAGAAGGCUGCGCCAUGAACCCGGAGCUGACAAUGGAAAGUCUGGGCACUUUGCACGGGCCGGCCGGCGGCGGCAGUGGCGGGGGCGGCGGCGGCGGGGGCGGCGGGGGCGGCGGCGGGGGCCCGGGCCAUGAGCCGGAGCUGCUGGCCAGCCCUAGCCCCCACCACGCGGGCCGCGGCGCCGCCGGCUCGCUGCGGGGCCCUCCGCCGCCCCCACCGCCGCCGCCAACGGCGCACCAGGAGCUGGGCACGGCGGCCGCGGCUGCGGCGGCGGCGGCGGCAUCGCGCUCGGCCAUGGUCACUAGCAUGGCCUCGAUCCUGGACGGCGGCGACUACCGGCCCGAGCUGUCCAUCCCGCUCCACCACGCCAUGAGCAUGUCCUGCGACUCGUCCCCGCCCGGCAUGGGCAUGAGCAACACCUACACCACGCUGACGCCGCUGCAGCCGCUGCCGCCCAUCUCCACCGUCUCGGACAAGUUCCACCACCCGCACCCGCACCCGCACCCGCACCCGCACCAUCACCAUCACCACCAGCAGCGCCUCUCGGGCAACGUCAGCGGCAGCUUCGCGCUCUUGCGCGACGAGCGCGGGCUCCCGGCCAUGAACAGCCUCUACAGCCCCUACAAGGAGAUGCCGGGCAUGGGCCAGAGCCUGUCCCCGCUGGCCGCCACCCCGCUGGGCAACGGGCUGGGCGGUCUCCACAACGCGCAGCAGAGCCUGCCCAACUACGGGCCCCCGGGCCCCGACAAGAUGCUCAGCCCCAACUUCGACGCGCACCACACUGCCAUGCUGACCCGCGGCGACCAGCACCUGUCCCGCGGCCUGGGCACCCCGCCCGCGGCCAUGAUGUCGCACCUCAACGGCCUGCACCACCCGGGCCACGCUCAGUCCCACGGGCCGGUGCUGGCGCCCAGCCGCGAGAGGCCACCCUCGUCGUCUUCGGGAUCGCAGGUGGCCACCUCCGGCCAGCUGGAGGAGAUCAACACCAAAGAGGUGGCCCAGCGCAUCACCGCCGAGCUGAAGCGCUACAGCAUCCCACAGGCGAUCUUCGCGCAGAGGGUGUUGUGCCGGUCUCAGGGGACACUCUCCGACCUGCUCCGGAACCCCAAACCGUGGAGUAAACUCAAAUCUGGCAGGGAGACCUUCCGCAGGAUGUGGAAGUGGUUGCAGGAGCCCGAGUUCCAGCGUAUGUCCGCCUUACGCCUGGCAGCGUGCAAACGCAAAGAGCAAGAGCCCAACAAGGACAGGAACAAUUCCCAGAAGAAAUCCCGCCUGGUGUUCACUGACCUCCAACGCCGAACGCUCUUCGCCAUCUUCAAGGAGAACAAGCGCCCGUCCAAAGAGAUGCAGAUCACCAUUUCCCAGCAGCUGGGCCUGGAGCUCACGACCGUCAGCAACUUCUUCAUGAACGCCCGGCGCCGCAGCCUGGAGAAGUGGCAGGACGACCUGAGCUCGGGCGGCGCCUCCUCCGCCUCGGGCGCCUGCACCAAAGCGUGACGGAAGGCCUCCCGGCUGGGCACAAGCCACCUCCCGACGAGGACACCCGAUACCCAAAGAAAACGCAGAGGAAAGAGACACCGGAUUCUUAGCUGGGGCCCUUCACUGGUGAUUUGAAAGCACAAUUCUCUUGAAAAGAAACUUUUCUAUUCUAGCUGUAAUCAUAGGCCAGGUGUUCUUUUUCGUUCGUUUGUUUUUAAUGGCUAUGGAGUCCACGUGCAAGCUGAAAACUAAUCUCUUUGAACCGGACAUUGUCCUCUGAGCGAGCGUGCUAAGCACCCCAGGAACCCAAAUGGGGCCUUCCUAGAACAAGUCAAUUCCAGCCCAGUGUCAGCCAAGCAGGGUUGCUUAGAAUGUCAGCAUCCCAGUUGGGGUCCUGUCAGCCCCUUGGAGUCAGCGUUCCUAUGAGUCAGUAGUAGGAAUCUGGCUUGUACAAGGACUCUUGAGUUUGGGUUCCCAAGAUGCUACAGUAAGAGAAGAAUCUAGCAACAAGAAUGACCUCAUUUGCUUUCCAAGUGCUUAGCUUCAUCAAACCGUAGUUCACCAACGUUCACAGCCAUAACGUAAAAAACCAUCCGAAUGACAAUUACUGAGCACAAGUUUUAAAUAUGGAAGUUAAAAAAAAAAAUCCAAGGACCUGUUUUUCCCAACUCAGGCAUCUUUUUUCAUUGAACGGUUUAGAAAGCUUUAAGUUGAUCCAGUUUACAGUUUUCUUUUCCUUACCUCCUGGAAAUCUCAUGUGGUCUUGGAUCCAUCAAAAAAUAAAACAAACCAAGUCAGUUCACUGGAGCGCCAAGUAUCAAGCACAACGAAGAUAAAUAGAGAAGUGAGGGAGGUUCUGGAUUCACUGCAUCUGGAUUUUCAAGACACCAAUUGGGAAGUCAAGAGGGAAUCAUUGGGAAUAUGGCUUCAAGCACAUUUUGCAGUUUGCUACAAAUUCUGUUUGUACAUAAUGAAAACGCACACUCAGGAGGCCAAUUUAACUGUUACGGUAUACAGAGCAAAUGCAGCAUUUUAAAAGAUCUAGAUUUUUUUAGAUCAUAAAUGUAUCCUUCUUGGUUAUCCAUCACCUGGUCCCUCCUAUUGUGCAUUAUGACCACCACAUAAUACAUUCUCACACAUUCAGAUUUGGGUUGUUCCCUUGUCCAUCCCAUCAAUAGGGAUGUUUUCAGUGUUUCUUAGCAAGGAAAAAAAUAAAGAAUUCAAACCACCAAACAUGUUACUCAUAACCAUCAUCUAGUCCUGAAUCUCUUCCAUUAUUGAAUCAUCCUAGCAGAACAGCUGAAUAAAUCUGGAGGAAAACACAGCACACCAAAGAAGCAGAAUACUGCAAACCAAAGACAUUUCUUACUUGCCAUUUUCUAGCCUGAAAAGAAAUACUGUGAUUACUUUUAGAAGUCAGAAAACCUGUGUAACUCCAAAUGGUUUUCAGCGCUCGCAUUUGGCUCAUCACUGGGCUGAGUGGACCGGCUACGCCACGGAUGUUAGCCAGGCCACCGAGCGAGGGGCUCUCUGGUUCCUGGCUGUCACCUUCCCACAGCAAGUGGAGGAGGGCCCACAGGACCCCAGGAGAUUGCGACGGUCACCAUGUGCAUAUUUACCAGUGAAUGGCCCCAGGUGGGCACCACAGGGGUGUUCAAAGCAAGCCAAACGCUGCAAUGAUGCUUUACAGACACUUGAGACUGACUUUUUUAAUGAAUUACUUAAUCGAAACCAAAGAAACUUUUUCUGCACCUACUUCUGCAGCAAACAAAAUUGUCCCAUUGAAAUGAAUAAAGAAAAAUGGACAUCCAUGAAAAUCCACCACCACCAAGAUGGAAGCACGCCAGAAAGAAAAAAAAAAAAAAAAACAGAAACAGAAAAAACAUCGAGACACACUGUGUUCGAACAGACCUCUUGGGACAUUUUUUGGAAGCAGAUUUUUAAAAAGGGUUUGAGACAGGAAGAGAAAUAAGGAAGAGCCUCCGUGGCUGCUGCUUCAUCCGACGACUCAUGCGGUAAUCUUAAAAGUUGAAGAUUGUCUUUAAUUUGUGCCUAUGCAGUUUUUCAAAAGAACACGGAACAGAGCAACAGAAACCUCAACAGCUACAAUACCAAAGAUGAGGAUUUCUCACACCUUUGUUUCAGUUCAUUAUCCCCUCUUGCCUGGCUUAAAUACUAAUAGCGCCAUUGAUCUGUGUGUAAAGGUAAUCAAUUUUGUUUCUGAGCAACGAGAGGAAAGGGUCAUUUAUUUGAUUUUAUUGUUUCCCUAUCAUUUUGUUUUACGGCUUUCUACCCAACAUGGAGUCUCUCAGAAGAUUCCAUGGAACUCCACUUUAAGAUGUUGGGGGCGCUGAGCAGUUCUCUCUGCUCAGCAGAGCGUGGGGAAUCAUACUGUCACUUGAAUGUUCUUUGCUUAACCCUCCCUUUCUCUUGGUUCUUUCUGUGUUCAGAGUUUCAUCAUCAGGGGAGGGAAGGAGAGUGAGGGUCAGGAGUAGGGGUCUUGGGGAUGCGUCCUCUCCCGAGCCACAGAACCAAAGAAUUUAUAGAGGAAUUGACAAGCCUCAUCUUCAUGUGAUCGCUACAUCCUAACAGGGCUUCAUUUGGGGGUGGGGGGAGACAUGUAAAAAUGAUUGUCAGUUUCUACUUUUCUAUUAGCUUUUUAAAAAAUCAGCUGUAAAGUUGCAUUUCUAAAGAAAGAGAUAUAUAUAAUAUAUGAAUACAUAUAUAGAUUCAACUUGAUAUUGGCGAUAACCCAAAGUUAUUGCUGUUCAAAUUCACGUCUUGUUUUUGUCAAGUGCUUCAUCACUUAAGUACUCAGUUUCAGAGCUUUGCUCAUUUCUCAUGCCAUCCCAGAGUGUGGAUGAUUUAGAGUAUUCCGAUUUCUGUGAAAAUUCCUGGGAAAGAUUGAAAGUCAAGUUCAAGCAUGUCAACGUUUUAACGUGUUGAUAAAUGGGUCCGUGGGACAAAUGAGUGUUAUGUGUAUUUCGAGUCAUCUCUGUUCUCUGUCUCAGCCAAGAUCAGGAUGGAGUGACAUCCAUCCACCAUGGCCGGGGAGGGGCCUGUUCAUCUUCUCUAACUGCUGGGGAAGCUCAGUGGUCCGUUCCCACCAGUUACAGAGAUGAGGCCAGCCCAGACACGUCUUCUCCAGGAGCCCUGUCCCAUUGGGGUGUUCGAGAUGCCCCUCAAUGAGUAGAUCCACCGAAGGGACUUCUCGCAGAAGUCCAGCUCCUGCUGCAAUGGGUUCAUCAGGUUUCCUCAGGGUGGUAAUGACCAGUUUGUUUAGACAAGCCCGUGUGCAGCCCACGGCUGGCACUGGGGUGAGGCAGCAGUGUUGGGGGGUAGGGGUGUCUCAGUCCUGGAGAGCAAACACAAGGCAAGGUUUAGGGAGGAUCCCUGAUUCCUGCUUGGAAGACCUGUUGUCUGUGGUCCCAGCUCCUUGCCCCCUCCACGUUGGUCUCCCCUUGCAGAGGCAGCAGCCUGGAGCCCCAGAAAGAGAGUGACUUUCCGUGGCUUUAAUAAUUCAUCCCACCCAGGGUGUUCCUUGACUUUGCCCUGUGUCGCUUCGUCUCUUGCUCAUUCUCCAUGUCUCCUUUGUCAAACAACCAAGAAAAGAGCAUAUUUCAGCAGGGGGAUGCUCCUACUGGGUUGAUAAAAGCAAAUUUCAACUUGGGCCUUUCUUAAUGAAACUUUGUGACUCAUGGCCAAUGGAAAUGCUUGUUCUUCCCGAGACUGGGCUGAGGAGCAAAGCCUCCUUGGUUUGGUUAGUGAUUCUUUGACAUGCCAGUCUCAGCAUUUGGGUCUCUGGCGUCCUCUGAAGAUGUCUACACUGAAAGAGGCUGCCUUCGUGGCCUCAGAUUUCAACCCGGGUCCAAGCAAGUGUAGACACAUACACCCUCAGUGUUCCUGGGGACCAGAGGGAGAUGUCAUAAUGUAAAAAAAAGGCAAGAACUUCCCUCUUGGGUUUUGAUAAAUGUCUCAUAGCAAAUAAUGCCAUAUCAGAGAGAAGUGCUUGCUUCUGAAAAAUUAUUUACGUACAUAUAUAAAUAUAUGUGUGUAUCUAUAUAUUUGUGUAUUUAAAAGUUAAGUCCUACAGAAUUUCAAUUUGUUAAAAAUCUGAAAGAAAAAAAGCAAAAACCUGCAAACUGAAUUAUAAUGGAAUUUGACCCAGUAUGUCUUUCCUCAAGCAUUUAAAAACUUAUUUUAGGUUAACAAUUUUAGAGAAAAAAACUCUUUGGACUUAGUUAUAGUUUAGGAUCCAUUUCCUCAAUCCAAGAAAAAUUCCAGGCAUUAGCAAUGUUAAGGGCAGGGCAGUGUGAAGGGACAGUUCCAAACCAAAUUCACAUUCUUGAGACAAUGGAAAUCCAAAAGCUAUUGGCUGGAAAAUUCUUUAUUUCUUUAGGGAAAUAGGCUUGCCUCCUUUUUUGUUUUCAAUGUGAUUUUUGUCCUGAGGAUGUAGUUCUUUCAUUCCAGGAAACUUUUAUUUAAAAAAGAGCCAAUAUAUUACUCUUUAAAAAAAAGAAAACAGCAACAACAAUAAAAACUCAUCCACAAUAUUUAAAGGCCUUUCCAAAAUGUAAAAUAGCGUGUAGGUUGUAACAUUUAACAGUACAGGUGGGAAUAAGGCAGACAGCCUGACACUUGGGAGAAAUCACCUCUGCAGGGUCUCUUUUCCUGAGGGCUCCUGGCAACUGCGGGCUCUGGAAAUUCAAGCUCAUUUUUAUUUCUAGCUAAAAUAAAAUCAAAAUUAGGAGUAAAUCUGAUACACACACACACACAUUUUUGUUAAGUCAAACGAUGUAUUUCAGAGCCAAACAUAAAUGCCUUUUGAUGAUCAACCAUUUUUCUUUAUGCUGGGUGCCCACCUAUUCAUGCUGAUAUGUUAAAGUUGAACAGCUUUUUGAAAAAUAUGACUACCACCUGGGUGCAGGGGGACACUUUCCCACUUUUGAAAAUGCUGGUAGAAUUAUAAAAGUGUCUGUUGAUUAUACUGUUCCUAAAGCAUCGUGACAGUAUACCUUUGUGAUGAACUCUGACUUUCAGGAGGUUGUAUAGUAGGAAUAGGAAUUCCUUAAAAAUAGAAAAAGAACAGACUGGGUCCCAGUCUUGUUGAAGAAUAAUGGAGUAUAUGAAAAAGUAGAGAAAAAGAUGAUCCAUGUGGUCAAGAAAGGUUGACUCCAAAGCCCAAACCCAUGGACUGUGACAGUAACUGUCACAAUUCCUAACAAAUCAGAGCUGAGUUUUUGGUUGUUGCUGCUGCCUAUGCCUUGUGGUUCAGACUUGCUAGCCUAACCAGGAAGAGUGAGUGAAAGAUGGUAGACAGAAAAGGGAUACAGUUGGUUUGCCUAUAACAUUCUGAUGUUUACCUGUAAGAUUGGAGAGCUUUUGUACAUUUAGCGAAGACCAAGUCGCCUCUAAAACAACAGCAGAUUAUAGUUUUCAAAUAAGGCCACAAAAUCCUUACUAAAAGAAGCAAGUGUACCCAAGUUCGCUGUAUAAAUCUUACCUAGUUAGUGAUGUUGGCUUUAAACAUGGAUGUCCCAAUGCCUAUUUUCUACCUAUGAUUUUUUUCUUUCCAAGGGCCAAGGGGAGGGAGGGUUGGUUUAUUUGUUUUAGAAAGUCUCAGAAUUGUUUAUAAAAAUUUUUAAAUAUUGAAAUAACAUAAAGCCUCACUUAGAUAGGCCCUGAACUUACAGUUGAGGCUGAUGGGCUAUUCCAUGAACCCCAUGGGGACCAGAAGUGUUCCUUGUUUUCAGAUACCAAAAAGGCUGACAGCCGGAGGCAAGUGAAAGCCAGAGCCUAAGCUUUCCUUACCGGUGUUGAGUUUGGUUGCCUGGAAUUAACCAGUUCAUUCCCUUUUAAUGGAGGAAAACACACAUGUCUACAGAUCUAUUCAUUCCACGGAAGUCUUCCACUCUGCUACAGCCUUAGCAGAGAUAUUUCCCACUGCAUAAACCUUGGUAGAUACAUUUGCCUAAUCCUUGUACCAUCUUCCACUUGAGUGUAUACAGAUUUAGACGCCUCUUUCACCAUGUAUUCUCAUAGGCAACUAUAGCAACACCCUUCACCUGUGAGUGUCCAGACUGCACAGACACCUCCAUAUGUCCAUACAUACUGUCCCCUGUUACAAUAAAUACAUUUUAAAUGAUCAUUUCACAUGUAUGUGCUACUUCUACAGUAUACACUGUUUUUAUUAUUUAUUGUACCAUUGAAAACAAAAGUGCAGGGGGGGAAAAAAAAUCCCAGCAUCUUCAUUCCAUACACUUGGAAUUCCGUUCAUUUGGUCACAUCCAAGAUAAACUCAGCUUUUAAGAAACCUUGGAUUUUAUUUAAUCAUCUGUGUAAAAGUGACGUGCGUGCUUGAUGACUUCGGUUGAAUAGCUUUGUUGUGGAUCUCUCAUUAACUAAAGCUAAAUCCAAAGACCUGAAAAAAGAACACACACCUAAAAAAAAAGGAAAAAGAAGGAAAAAGUAGCAAGUACGAACUAAUGAGGAAAAAAGUGGGCUCUGGUUUCCAGGGUUGAGAAAAUGGUGAUGUGGUCUUGGGGGGGCUGUGUCAGCUAGAGGGAGGGACAUGGUGAUUUUUUUUCAUGCUUGUCACAUUUGAAUGGUCUUUUUGAACGUGAGAAAGUUCAGAGGUUAUAAUUUUCUGCUUUAUUUUCAUUUAGACUGUGGAAAGAGGCUAUACGUUUUGUCCAUUGAGAAAUGAAGACAAAAGAAACCUUUUUUUUUUUUUCCCAUUAUCUCUUUGGGUUAUAACCCAACAAGCUAAGUACCAUAAAUGUAAUUAAUUUAUUUAAAUUAGUUUUUAGCACACUGAAUGUAUAGGAUUUUGAUAAUUACUUAAUCAUCUUUGCUUACUCUGAUUUUACUCUUUGUGCUUAUUUAUCAGAACCUAGACCAAUGGUGCAUCAGAGAUGCGCGAUCCCUUUUAGAAUCCCCUUGAAGGUUUGCUUUAUAAAGCAGAGAAAUUCUGUUACAGACAGGGAAGAAAUACAGGUUACAAAAAAAGAAAUUUUUUGAGGUAUUUUUCUUUCUUGAAUUAACUUUGAAAAUAGUUUAAGUAACAGUGAUUAAAUUAUUUAAGUUCACAGCCCCACCUGGUACCAAGCGAACUUCACCUUUUAAUUAUUGGGGCCUUCAGAGCCUUCAUAUUGUAACUUAUUUAUUUAACUUAUUCAGCAUCUGCAAAAGGUGCACGAUAUAGUUUAUAUUUUUUAUUUAAAACAACAGAAAGCACUGCAGUUUGUUUGCUGUCAGACGGACAACAGAGCAAAGUUUGUGGACAAGCAAUGACUAUUCAACCCGAACCUGUGCAUUCAGAAAACGCAUGCCGAGACCCUGCUUCACCAGCCUGGAUUUCGGGGCUUCUGUACAGAAACUGGAAAAAUUUAAAAAAAAAAAAAUCAGAACAGCAAAAAGAAACCCUUAACACUAGCUGCUUCCAAGAAUGAACUCUGUGUGUGUGUAAAACAACAAACAAAAAAGGAAAAAAAAAAAGCAGAAAAAAGGAAAAAAAAAAAAAGGAAAAACUUUCUAUUUCUAGUGAGAACCAAAGAAGGCUACCUCACUGACUUUUUCCAUUUGUAAUUUUAAUCGUGUUGAUGACACCAAAGAUACCAAAGAUUUCUUUCUCUGUGCGGUCUGCAUUUCGCUUGUGCUCUUUUAUAAUUUUAACUCUUCUCUCUGAUGUAUGGCAUGUAUGGCCACAGCUCAGAUACCCCAAAGAAGUAGUUAAUCUAUGCGACAGUGGCUGCUGGUCGGGAAAGGGAUGUUUUCUGUAUUUUUCUUCGUGUGUUCGCUGUCCCCUCCACGUGUCCAGGAUGCACGUUCAGAUGUUGCUGUCACUGGAUUCCUGAAAUUCCAAACUGAUGAAGAAGCCUGGUUCGAAGUGGCCUUCGGUCCCGGCCACGACCUCUGUUCCCCACUUUGGAGCUAUCACAGUUGAGAUUUCCAGUGAUAGGAAUCCUAGUCAUUGAACGGUAGAGCUGGAAGGGACCUUAGGAAGUUUUUGGUCCAGCCCCUGGAGGCCCAGAGGAGUGAAAUAGUUACCCAAGGCAAGUAACUGACCCAGAGGCAAAGCCCAGUCAAGCCUUCUGGGCGUCGUGCGCCUCUGCCUGAGACGGGCCACACGUUGGAAAGAGGAAGAGGGCUUGGAGCUUGUCAUGAACAUUUUUACCCUGUAGAGAUAGUCAUAGGUAUUUUGGUGUCUAUCUAGCUAGAACCUCAAAGUCACAUGAGAUCAAUUGCUUGUCAAGGUGGUUAGCCUUGAUUUAUUAGAGCCCAGAGAGGGGUUUUCGCCCUGGAAGUUACACGGUUCCACUGAGAUCACUGUUGAACCUCCCGAUUCCAGAGUGUUGUAGAUUCAGUGAGUUUCAUUUCUGAUGCAUUGAGAAGAGAAAGUUCAUUCUUGGUCUGUUGAGUUGAAUUGUUAUGCAUAUUUUUAGAUCAGUAUUUGUCAGCGAAGGGAAAUUUGAUCACCGUUUACACGUGUGACAUUUAAGUUGUUCGGCUUUUCCCUCUUCCUCUUGACACAACACAUAGUUUCGAGGGCACCUCUGUACUUAUGAGAGAAGUUUAAGCCUUGUGUCAUUGGAUGCUGAAGCAUUACUCAUUAGGAGCAAAAGAUGACCACAAAAUUUCAGAGGAGUCAAUAUGCCAGUUUAGGAAACAAGUGCUUAAAGUUACUUCUCUUUUCCCUUCUUACUCAUGAAGUGAACUGGUCUUAGGUUUCUUUUGAGUCAAUUAACUGAUUAAUUCACCACUAAGAUUCAGUCACCAGAGUGAUUUGUACAAGAGCAAGGUGAAAUCAUUCUCAACUGUUGGCCAAAUGAGUUUCAGACAUACGCGAAGAUCAGCCUCCAGUCUGGAUGGUUGUUUAUUGAAUACUAGUAUUUUGCAUUUCAACUAACGUAGUUCUCUUUCAGCUUUUAUAUGACCAUUUACCCAAAGAAGCUAAGAAGGGAAAAGACCAGUCAACUCCUCCAAUCCACGCAUUGAUGUGAGUAAUAGCUAAUAGAGGAAAUUAGAAGCUAGACUGCCAGACUUGAAGGAACACCCAGUUAUCCCUUCCUGUCGUUUCCAAGCAGUAUACUGACCCAUGUGAAUCUUCUUUCCGGUCCAAACAGGCUCCAAGCUCCAUCUGCCCCCCAUACCAGGCGAAGGUGUAAGGCCUGACUUUCAGAUAGCAAAUUGCUUUGGUUUUCUUCCCAAAUUCCUAUUGGAAGUAGCAUUCUCCAAAUACCUGGGAGACAGGUGUUCUCCCAGACCAAGACGAUCUGGUGGUUGAGCAGCGACGUGCUCUGUAAGCCAACACCGCCUUCCCCAGCCUUCCAGCCACCAAGCCCCUAGAAGGAGCGCGGGGAGACGGAUGGCGGCCUGAACACAGGACACACCCCCGGUUGGCAGACCCCUCCUCAGCAAUCCCCCCUCAGCCUCAUGCUUCACUUGCAAAGUGUGACGUAACCACGGGACGAGUGCCUUGCUUGAACCAAAGCAACGAUUUAGCCAGUCUGGACUUCUCUGUGCUUUUUUUUAAUCCUUCCUGUGAAUACCUCAGCUUCCACUGGGCCUCCAUACAGUAAAUUGGUGGGCUUAUUGUACUGUGGUGCUUUGCAAUGCAACCCUGCAAACAAGAUUUGUACUAAUACCAAAGGUUCUUUCUCUGUCUCUCCUCUGCCUCCCCUGUUCUUCCCCCUUUUCUAGUUCUUCAUGGUUCCAAAGCUUUAAUAUGAACCUGGGCAUGUUGGCAAUGCAGACCGCGCAAUUCCUUACCGAAUUUUCUCAGAUAUACCUCAUAGAUAAUAGUGUUUAGAGUAAUGUUAUUAUAGCGUAUGUAAUAAAUUAUUCACUGUUUCUUUUGGUAACUGUGAUUUAAAAAAAGAAAAAGGAAAAAAAAAGCUUUAUACGUUUUAGGUUGUGCUUUUGUAAUAGACGAAAAGGUGAGCUUAAAAAAAAAAAUGUAUGUUUUUUUUUUUCCCCCUUUGAAUUUUAUUUAUUCUGGAUUGGGGAAAGUUGCAGAAUGAGCCCAAAGUUUACAGUUUCAUAUUUUGCUGAAGAAACAAUCUGUGUUCAUUUGCUCUGUUGAAAAAGAAAAUUUAUUAUUUUCUACAUUUGUGCUACUUGGUCUGAACAAUUAAUUGUUCUGUGCUAACAGUGUAGUAUUAUAAUUAGCAACUGCCAAUCAGUGCUAUAAUUUUAUGCAUGAGGCUAAAAAUUUAGCAAUGUGAUGCAUUGUGGUCUUAAAUAGCAACGUUUUUCAUUUUGAACUAGAUCUUCCCCUUUGGUUCAAUGGACUUUAUUUAUGCAUGGGCGCCAAAUUGUUUGUUAGCGGUUGUGGAACAGUUGUGUAUACAUUAAACUGUGAAAAUGUACACAGUUCAGCCUCAGACAGUGGUAAUAUUGGUUUUAUUGGGAGCUGUCUCACCUCGAAAAUACCGUGACCUCUGUUGGGAUUUCAAACCGAGUCAGACUAAAUCGAGUUCAAAUGUGAUGACAAGGGUCAUUCCAAGUUUGAGUUUGCCAACUCGAAUUCCCCAGUCAGAUUCUCAUAACCCAGCUAUCUUACUCCAUACAAGAGGAGCUUGGAAACAAGCAUUGAAAACCAGCUCUGCGUUUUUAAGUUCCCACAGGAGAGUCAUUUUGACUUUCUGUUCCUGACCUCAGACACAACUGGCCACCUGUAUGGAGAUGCAGAUUGAUCCGGGAUUCGCCUCUCCUGAGUCUUUGCUUGGGAAUGGCCACUUUAUGCUUGGUCUCCUGGAAGAAUACUGUUUUGUCAGGUCAAUCCAGAUGGCAUCAGUAUCAGUAAUUGUUCUCUGGGUUCUCUGUCCCUUUUCCUGGACAGCUCCACCAGCUGUUCUAGUUUUUGGGGGGCAAAGAUAGAUGGUCAUUCCUCAAAGCUUCACCUAUGCACCCAUAUCAUGGAUUUUCCUCCCUAGAGUGAGAGAUGAUUCUAGCUUACUCUUUUCUGCCCAACAAUGUUACAUCUGUCCUAAAGUGUGUAUGAGAAAUUUUGAAACCUAGUUUAGUAAAACCAUCUUUGUUUAAACUCCCUAAUUAUCUGAGGCCCCUAUAUCUCAAAAAGUAUUUUUCACUUUCAGUGGAUUGGGCAAACUUAUUCUUUCUUAUUUUGGGUCCUGAGGCCCAUUCUCAAGUUUCCUACCUAUUCCCCCAAUCAACAUGCUUGACAUUAAACCAAAUCAGUUGCCAAGCAUACUUUAUUUUGCAUAGGAGUGCAGCUUAGGAAACAGCAGUGGGAAGGCCGCAGCCUGCUCUGCAAAAUGUUGGAAAUCACCCACGGUAGCACAUUCAUACAACCAUCCACGAGAAUAUACUGAGAAUGCGCUUUCAUUAAUAAUGCCAAGAAGCAUUUUAUUUGGCCUUAUAAAGUAGAUCAUGAUAAUGAAAGCUUUGUAAUAGACAGUCUUGAUUUCUUCCCUUAUUAAUCUGCCAAAGACAGGAAUGGAUACAAGAAUUUAAAGUCGAUUUUUGUUAAGACCGUUUAUGAUUGUAAUCGUGUUUAAUCUCCCAGAAAGCUUUCUAUGUUCUUCCGCCAUAAAACCAAAUGGAUGUUUCAGUCAAGUUCUCCUCACCCUCACAAACCCACACACGAAUCCUCUCGAAGCAGGUGUUGUAGAAUCUAUGAAGUUCAAAUGUAUUUUCAAUCCAAAGUAAACAGAGGAGUGUCUGAGACAUGAGUGUGCCCAACAGUUUUUAUUACGAGAGACGCAUGGGUCUGGCUUAUUAACUAGGAUUUGCCAAGAAGCCUUGUCUUAUGAAACUCGAGGUAUAUUUUGUUAUGCCAUUUUAUGUCCUUUUUUUUUAAAAAAAAAAAAAAACUUUGUGGAAAGUGAUAUGUUGAAUCAAGUGUAAGCUGAGUUUUCCAGACAACUGAAGUAGCUACAUCGUGAAUGUUAUUUUGUUAUUAAAGGGUUUUUACUCAA